CACCUUCUCCGGGACGUGACGGUGAGGAUUUCAAGCAGAAGCGUCACCGUAAAACUACAGGACUGUUUACGGCAGAUUUACGUCACAUUCACGCUAGUUUAUGAGCUUGACACGAACUAGUGUUCGUGUAGAGAGAGAGAGAGAGAGAGAGUGGUGGUGAUGGACGACGCCCCCUACAGACAGGAGGAGGACUCGUCUGCCUGUGACGUGAUCGGUGUGGGUGUGUGUGACUCCGCCCCCCUGCUGUGGAGGAUAGAGGACCUGAAGACGUUGAGGAGACAUGGCCUGGUGGGGGCGCUGCUGGGUUCACUGCCCCGGACGCCCCGACAGAACGGACGACUGGGACGACCCCUCCGACUGCUGCCAGAGGAGGAGAGACAGCUGAGCGAGCAGCACGGUGCCGCCGCGUUACCCUCCGGUAACCAGCUGCCUCAGCAGGACGGAGGAGGGGUGGAUCUCUGUCGACAGGCGGAGCAGCACGAGGAGGAACAGAGGAGGAGCUAUGAGGUGCAGAGCGUCCUCGCUCUGGAGGACAGGAAGUCAGCAUUGCUCCGAGCAAUGACCUCAUCACACACAGAUUCAGACUCUGGACCUGGGACCUCAGAUGAGGCCCUGCGGGGCCGCCUGGAGGCCCUGGACCACAGCUUUACCUUCCCUUGGGCAGCGCUGGCGGUGCAGCUGAGCACAUCGAGGGCGGGGUUGACCUACUGCCCAGUGGAUCGGGCCGUCCUGCGGGCUGACUGGCCAAUCAGGGCGCAGCGUGGCACACGCGGUGACGUCAGGUACCAGGUGUUCAGAGACUUGAGGGGGCGGGGCUUCUACCUGACCUCGGCAGGGAAGUUUGGAGGCGACUUCCUCGUUUAUCCAGGUGACCCUCUUCGUUUCCACGCCCACUUCAUCGCCAUCUGUCUGUCUCUGGAUGAGUCCCUCUGCGUGUUGGACGUCCUUGCCGUGGCUCGUCUGGGAUCCAACGUGAAGAAGACGGUGCUGCUGUGCUCGCCGGGGACGGACGGAGCGGUGCGGUACACGUCGUUACAGUGGAGCGGGAUGGUGUGAAGACACGGAUCUGGAUCAGGUGUGAUCCAGAUCAACAGCAGGUUACAGGUGUGACAGGAAGUGAUCAGAGGCUCGGAGUGUGUCUGAAGUUAGAACAUGUCCAGCAGGGGGCACUUUGUUCUCAACGCCUCACAAAACAUGUUUAUAACAUGAUUAUUGAUCUCAUAUUGAUGACAUCAUGUCAAUGAAACAUGUUAUUGAUCCUGAUUGAGCUUCAGCUCUAGUUUCUCUCUCACUCUGUGUUUCAGGUUAUUUCCUUUAUAUUUUUUCAAUGUAUGAUAAUAAAGUUAAAGUCGGAAUUGACGGACAGCUUGUUGUUAUUUAUAGAAGUGGAUGAACCAGAUGCAAGUUGAUGUUAAAUAAAUUU